AGGUGAUGGAGAAGUACCAGGUCCUGGGCCUCAUCGGGGAGGGCAGCUACGGGGUGGUGAGCAGGUGCAGGAAUAAGGAGAGCGGGCAGGUGGUGGCUGUCAAAAAGUUCCUGGAGAGCGAGGACAACGCGGCAGUGAGGAAGAUCGCCGUGCGGGAGAUCAAACUGCUGAAGCAACUCAGGCAUGAGAAUCUUGUGAGCCUGCUGGAAGUGUAUAAAAAGAAGAAACGGUGGUAUCUGGUGUUUGAAUUUGUGGAUCACACGGUGCUUGAUGAUCUUGAGGCAUUUCCAAAUGGACUAGACUACAGCAGGGUUCGGAAAUACUUAUUUCAGAUUUUGAGAGGAAUAGCAUUUUGUCACAGCCAUAAUAUAAUACAUCGGGAUAUUAAGCCAGAGAACAUACUGGUCUCCCAGUCAGGAGUGGUAAAACUCUGUGAUUUUGGUUUUGCUCGCACAUUGGCAGCUUCUGGGGAAGCUUACACAGACUAUGUGGCAACUCGAUGGUACAGAGCUCCAGAGCUGCUGGUGGGAGACACGAAAUACGGCAGGGCUGUGGAUGUGUGGGCUAUUGGCUGUCUGGUAACAGAAAUGCUCACAGGAGAGCCCCUGUUCCCUGGAGAUUCAGACAUUGACCAGCUCUACCACAUCACCAAAUGCCUGGGUAAUUUAAUUCCAAGACACCAAGAGUUAUUCUGUAAAAAUCCCCUUUUUGCUGGCAUGAGGUUGCCUGAAGUGAAAGAGGCUGAAUCUCUGGACAGAAGAUAUCCUAAGCUCUCUGCUUCAGUACUAGAUUUAGCCAAGAAGUGUUUGCAGAUUGACCCAGACAAAAGACCAUCCUGUGCUGAACUCUUGCAGAGCGAUUUCUUUAACAAGGAUGGAUUUGCUGAAAGUAGAUUUGCUCAGGAGCUUAAAUUAAGAACUCACAAAGAAACCAGGGACCAUCAGUUACAAAAAAAAUCAAAAGUCAGCAGAAGGGAUAAAGAUGAUGCUGUGGAAGAAAGGAAGAUGGUUGGUGUACAGGAUUUCAACACUGACCCAAAGAGCAGAGAUGCGAAGGUGUUCAAAGUGAAGUGUUCUAAAGCUGAUGGAGAGAAAGGAGAGCGAUCUUCUGACCUGAGCUCCCUCUAUGACAGUGCAAUCAACCCAUUCAAAAUAUGCUCUCAAGCCAACCUGAAAGAUUCCAGUAGCAACUUGGGCUACAUCAAGAAUGCAGGCAUCGUUAUUCCUCCCAUUAACCGGAAUGUUUCUCCCACUGUGUCUGCAAUGAUGCCUGUGCCUAGGAACUGUAACUACAGAGUUGAUGAAAGGAGUAAGAAUUAUUUGAAACCAUUUUUAAAGCAAAUGAAGCAUUCUCCAGCAGGCCAUUACAGUGUAAGCUUGACUUCGGUCUCUAAUGAAAAGAACAUCCUUCAGGCCAGUAAGAAGAAACGGGAAUUCUCUAAGACAGAUGUGCAUUUGCCAGAGCUAAAUCUUCUCCCUGAACUGAAAGGAGUGGAAGGAUGGCAUCCCAGAUAUCUCAAAAAGGAAAAUAAAACAGUUUCAGAGUCCCGGGUCCCCUCUCUUGCUGCUAUUGACCUUCAUAACACAAGUCUGGCCUCACAAAAACAAUCAACAACGGGACCAGGGGAGAGCCACGAAGAUGAUCAGAGGGCUGGAGAACCUCUCCUAUGAAGAUGGGCUGAAGGAGCUGGGCUUGUUCAGACUGGAGCAGAGAAGGCUGCGGGGAGACAUCAUUAUGGCCCUUCCAGUAUCUAAAGUGAGCUUAUAAACAUGAGGGAAAUCAACUUUUUACGUGGGUAAAUAAGUGAUAGGAAAAGGGGAAAUGGAUUUAAACUCAAGGAGAGAAGAUUUAGACGAGAAUGUUGGGGGGAAGUUUUUCACUGAGAGAGUGGUGAGGGGCUGGAACAGGCUGCCCCGAGAGGCUGUGGACGCCCUGUCCCUGGAGCAGUUCAAGGCCCCAUUGGAUGAGCCCUAGGCAGCCCAGCCUCGUACUUGAUCUAGUGGUUGGCAGCCCUGCCUGUGGCAGAGGGAUGGAACGUCAUGAUCCUUGAGGUCCAUUCCAACCCAAUCCAUCCUAUGGCUUUAUGAUGACUCUAUGAUACUGGUACAAACUGCACUUUGGUUUGGCUGCACACAGACGCAGAAUCUCUGCAGUGUAUGAAGGCAUUCCAAAACUAACAAAAAUGUCCAUGAAAGUUACUUGCUGUUUCAGUCUUUCAGCCAUGUGAAUCUGUGUUUGAGUCAUGUGUUCCUGGUGUUGCUGCUGGAGUUGAUCAAGCUCCUGUGAUACAGUCUGCCAGAGCUCUAUUGCUUGUUCUUUUUCCUAGAAAGUUAAAGAAUAAAGGUCUCUAAAAUAUUUACAGUA